AUGGCCGCCACUCCAUAUGUCACCGACGUGGUGGUUACUGGACCUGGUCAAACCACUGACGUUCUUGUCAACUUCAAUCAACCUAUCAGAUCUUAUUACAUGGCCGCCACUCCGUAUGCUAGUGCAAACAUCGACUUUGAUAACACGACCACCAGAGGCAUCAUCGUCUACAAGAAUUCCAAGUCAUCAACCCCCAUUAUGCCGGCCUUGCCCAACCCUCACGACACGUCGUUGGCCCACAAGUUCUAUACUAAUCUCACUUGCCUCAUCGGCGGGCCCCAAUGGGUCCCGGUCCCACUUCAAGUGGACAAGCACAUGUUCAUGACAAUCGGCGUGAACUUAGAAAUGUGUCCAAAAAAUGCCACAUGUCAAGGCCCACUCUUUAGCCGAUUGUCUGCUAGCAUGAACAACGAGUCAUUCGUGCUUCCAAGCAAUACGUCAAUGAUGGAAGCACAUUUUAACAACGUGAGUGGGGUUUACACCAGAGAUUUUCCUGACGAGCCUUCGGUAAAGUUUGAUUACACAGACACGAAUGUCAGCUUCGACCUGUCGCUAAUAUACGCACCAAAAUCUACCAAGGUCAAGACACUAAAGUUCAAUUUGACGGUAGAGAUCGUGCUUCAAAACACAGCAUUUUUGGCGAUCGAGAACCAUCCUAUCCAUCUCCACGGCUUCAAUUUUCACGUGUUAGCACAAGGAUUUGGUAACUACGACCCGAUUAAUGACCCCAAAAAAUUCAACUUCGUUAAUUCGCAAAUUCGUAACACAAUUGGUGUGCCGGUCGAAGGAUGGGCUGUGAUUAGGUUUCAAGCAAAUAAUCCAGGAAUUUGGUACAUGCACUGUCAUUUGGACAUUCAUCUGUCAUGGGGGCUAGGCUUGGCUUUUGAGGUUGAAAAUGGACCUACUGCAGAAUCUACUUUGCCUUCGCCACCACUUGAUCUGCCCAAAUGUUAGAAGUUGUUUGGAAGAGACCUCAAAAUAUUGUUUCGUUUUUUGUACUCUUUGAUUUGUAAUAUCGUGGUCAAUUUCAUUCUUUUGGUUAGAAAUCAAUAACUUUGUAAUAAAAUUAGUCACAAAUGUUAUAAGUUGGUCAUCAUUGUUCGACUAAAAUCACAAUAGAUUGUUUGAUUACUAAUAUUUGAAGUGUCCUAAUUUAUUCAACGAAUGACUUGACAUCCUUUUGUUUA